GGACCCCCGCUCAGAGUUAUCUCCCCUGUGGCGCCACUGUUCCAUCAGCGAUACACAUAUCCACCGGCAUGGCCGAGUGUAUCUGUAUGUCGGCGACCGUCUGGUGUUAAAUGUAACUCUUCUACAGCAAUGCCGCAAUAUUGUUGCGUACCUGGGUGUAAGGGGAACACUGGAGGACAUCGAUUCCCUCGAGACGCUAACAUUAGAUUAAAAUGGAGGGUUGCUAUCAAGCGAAUCGACCCGCAAACCCGACAACUAUGGGACCCUAAAAAGCUGGACGUGGUCUGCAGAGCGCACUUCAGAGAUGAAGAUUAUCGGCCAGUUUCGUUACUAGGUGAAAGGAAAAGACUUCGAGCAAAUGCUGUUCCAUCAGUUUUUACUUUCUGGCCAUCUGACACCAAGCCCAGGAGGAAACUGGAGAGGACGGGCAAAAGUCCAGAUGUCCAGAUGCAAAUGAUUGUGGAAGACGUGCCCGAUGUGGCGUGUUUUGAAUCCGUUGGAAAUGAGGAAUUGCCAGCCAUUGAGACCAUCUCAACCUCAUCGACAACAGAUCAGGGGGUGCAGUGCUCUUUGCCCAGCAAUCAAAAUAGAUUUUCAGUCGAUAACUUUGAAAACAAUCCCAAAGCAAUGUCUUACUACACUGGUUUUUAUGAUUAUCAAUAUUUCAUGUUUUUCUUCAAUAUUCUUGGCCCGGCAGCUUUUGAUUUAAACUACAAAUGUUCGCUAUUGUCUCCACACGAUCAAUUGUUUUUAACUUUAAUGAAGCUGAGACAGUCAAAAGAUGAUGUGGAGCUGUCACUUUUGUUCAACGUUAGUGAAACUACUGUUUCCAGAAUUGUUUGUACAUGGAUCAAUUUCAUUUAUUUCCAACUCCAAGAGAUAGACAUCUGGCCAUCCAAAUCUGUUGUGGAGGCUACCAUGCCAGUUGGUUUCAGGAAAAUGUACCCUUCAACGCGUGUUAUUCUUGAUGCAACGGAGGUACCAAUUCAAAAACCUGCGAAUGUGAACGCCCAAUCAGUGACAUAUUCCAGCUACAAGAGUAAGAACACUCUCAAAACUAUGGUAGGGUGUUCGCCACGUGGAUUAGUGACAUAUGUAAGCGAUGCUUACGGUGGUUCAGCCAGUGAUCGUCAAAUAAUAGAGCGAUCAGAUCUCUUUGAUCCAGGAAAGCUUGCGAAGAAGGAUAGCAUAAUGGCUGAUCGUGGGAUUAUGGUGCAAGACCUCUUUGCUAACUAUGAUGUCACGGUCAACACCCCAACAAUGUUGAAAGGAAAGAGUCAACUGGAGCCAGAGGAGGUUGUGAAAGAUCGGCGCAUCUCCUCUAAACGAGUUCAUGUAGAACGGGUUAUAGGACUUGGAAAGACUUAUAAGAUCCUGACACAACCAUUAUCAGCAAGCAAGGUCCAUCUUGGUUCUCGAAUUCUUUAUGUAUGCUUCAUGCUUUCAAACUUCAGGAAAUCUAUAGUAAAUCGCCUUGCUUAGACUGUUUUAAUGUACAAGUACAGUAAAUUGUGAACUUUCUGAAUAGACCAUUUGCCAAUUCACCUUUCCACAGCUGUCAAUCAUUGUUGUCAACUUU